GCUGGGUGUCUUUACUAUUUACUAUUUACUAUUUACUCUACCUGCAUCGCCAGGCUCGCCAAUGGAUCUAUAACUGGCAUUAUACCCUGGAUAUGGCCCAAUUCUGCUUCCCACAACCCGUAUAAGUAGCUCCACCAUGACUGCAGCAGUCGCAACAAGCGAGGAUUUCCUCCAGCCGCCAAGUGGCAAAGAAUAUCCCCCCCGAUACCGCGCCCCGUCUGCCUAUGCUCCCCUUCACACCUUUCAGCUACCAAAAGCCGACAACCGGCAGUAUCAACAACAGUAUGGAGACCUGUACUUCUUGCGCCUGGCUAAGCUGAAGCCGGCCGUAGAGAAGGUCGGCCGGGAAGCAUGGGAAGGCUUUAACAUUGCAGAAGAGAAAGCACGAAAAGUCGAACGAGUCCUCGAUGUGCGACAGGGAGAGCUAUGCUGGGUUGUCGGCACCGUCUAUAUGGACCUACCCUUGAAACCCAACAUUCUUGACGACGUUGCACAUGAUAAUUUUGCCGCCGCACCCCCGCCUCGCCUCACGUAUCUCGACCCCUCCAAUCCAGACUCCAUACAAGUCAUGUUGGAAGAUGAAUCGGGUCGCCUCAGACUAGCAGGGAGUCUGCUUCGAGCGACACACUUGGUAACAGGCGUUAUCAUUGCAGUCCUGGGAACGGAGAAUUCGAACGGCGAUUUCGAGGUGAUCGAUAUCAAAGUCCCGGACCUUCCUCUGCAGCCACAGAGAUGGGAAAGGGCGUCUACUGACAAAAUAGACCAAAAACUGAAUCGUGUUGAAAGCACGGCGAAAUCCUCGAAAAUAGCCUUUGUUAGUGGAUUAGGAAUGACAGGGUCUGCGGGUGAUGGCCUGACCCUAGAACUCUUGACUGAGUAUCUACUGGGAUAUACGGGAGUCGAGAGCGAAGAAGAUACUUCUCCUACGAGGAUAUCUAGAUUGGUUAUAGCUGGCAAUUCGUUAGGUGAAGUGGAAACAUUAGUGAGAGAUGUCGACACAUCCAACAAGAAAAAGAAUGCACCAAAGAAAUACGGCUACGAUGCCUCGUCUUACAACCCAUCGCCCAUUAUUCAACUCGACAAUUUCCUUUCCGAAAUCCUUCCUUCUAUCCCAAUCACCCUGAUGCCUGGCGAGAGGGACCCGGCCAACUUCUCGCUUCCUCAGCAGAGUAUUCACCGCGCAAUGCUUCCCAAGGCAAGGAUGUAUUGCUCCGAAGGCCAACCUGGGAGCACAGAUGUCGAGCCUGGAUGGUUUGACAAUGUCACGAAUCCCUGGGAAGGCUACGUUGACGGAUGGAGGCUCUGGGGAUGCAGUGGGCAAAACGUGGACGAUGUGCUACGCUACCUCGACUUUUCUGACGAAGACGGCAACAUCACCGAAGGCGAGGACGGGGAAACAAGGAUACGUGUAAUGGAAGCCAUGCUCAAAUGGCGCUGUACAGUGCCAACAGCGCCUGAUACACUAUGGUGCUAUCCAUUCCAAACACACGACCCUUUCAUUCUACAAGCCUGCCCACAUAUUUUCUUCGUUGGGAAUCAGCCUCAAUUCAGAACCAUGGUGGUGGAGAGCGAGCCGACAUUCCGGCUAAAUGGAGCAGAUUCAGACAUGCCUGAUGUUUCAGACGACCAACUGAACUCCCGAGUGCGCUUGGUGUCGUUACCGAAAUUCCACGAAACGGGGGAGCUGGUGCUGGUUGAUUCAGAGACACUGGAGGUUGAAGUAGUGAAGUUCCAGCUAUUUACAGAAAACGAGGGAGAAUAAUCAAUUACAAUCAUAAUGAGUAUAGGAAUGAAGUCUAUGGUCGAAAGUUAUGGUAAUGUAAUUUUCACUGAAUAGUCAUGAUAAACCGUUAAGGACUAUGAUAGAAACUUAUACUACUAGCUUAGAAGCGCCCCUCCCGGGAUCCACGCUAUUGGCGC